UCAAGGGUUUCAGCGGCGGGGUGAUGGAAUUUUCGCAGCGACAGUGGACGUCUGGAACCCCCGGCGUCUGCACCACCACGCACGCCGCCUACGCACUCACUGCUCCCCCCACACCACCCGCACUAAUGGAACUUAAGGAUGGGUGGUGCAUGGAAGCACUGAAGAACAUGGGAAUGGCAUAACGUUACAACGUUGUCUUAUGUUGUUGUGGCUGGCGCCCCUUCUCGGAGCCUUAUCUACGACGUGCCUGUUGUUGUUCCAGGGGCUCACGGUCGGCUGGGGCGCAGUGGUCCGCCCGCGAGGCUGAGGUCGUCGGAUGUUUGAGCAAAGAGUGCCGGGAGUUGCAGCAUCGUAAGGGCGUGUGAGUGGCGUGAUGGGUGCCACAGGAGACAAGAGUGGCGGCUGUGGCGACAGGCUGGAGGUGAGGGCCACCUCCCCCGCCCGCCCGGAGUCGCCAAACAUUGUGGUCAAGAUCCAGGAAGAUCUCAAGUGCCUGGAAAAGGAGGAUGUUGAGCAGAUCCUCACCGACGAGGAGAAGCGCUACCUGCUCUACGUGGAGAGGGGAGAUGUUCCCUCUGUUAAGCACAUCAUCAAGAAAGGGAUGAAGGAGAACGAGAAGAGGGUGGGGAGCUUCAACAUCAACUGCCUGGACCCGCUGGGACGCUCGGCCCUCAUCAUCUCCGUAGAAAACGAGAACAUGGACAUGAUGGAGAUGCUACUCGCAGAGAACAUAGAGACCAAGGACGCCCUGCUCUUCGCCAUCGCUGAAGAGUACGUGGAGGGCGUCGAGGUCCUUCUGGCCCACGAAGAAAGCAUCCACAAGCCAGGAGAACCUUACUCCUGGGAGAAAACCAACUUCGAGCGGACAAACUUCACUCCUGACAUCACGCCGCUGAUCCUGGCGGGUCACAGGAAUAACUACGAGAUACUGAAGUUACUGCUGGACCGCGGCGCCACACUGCCGAUGCCUCACGACGUGAAGUGCGCCUGUGACGAGUGCCUCGUCUCCAGCGCCGAGGACUCCCUCAGGCACUCCCACUCGAGGAUUAAUGCCUACAAGGCCCUGGCCUCGCCAUCCCUCAUCUGCCUCUCCAGCAAGGACCCGCUCCUCACCACCUUCAUCCUCAGCGAGGACCUCGAUAACUUGGCGGUGAUGGAGAACGAAUUCAUGGAUGACUACACGCAUCUUAGACAACAAGUGCAGGAGUUCUCCAUGGCCCUGGUGGACGAGACGAGGUCCAUCACCGAACUAGAGAUCAUCCUCAACUACGACCCUGAGGGAGUGCCGUACCAGCACGGAGACUUCAUGCACCUUGCCAGGCUCAAAGAGGCCGUCAACAACAACCAGAAGUCGUUUGUGGCGCACGCCAACGUGCAGCAGCUGCUGGGGCGGGUGUGGUACGACGGCAUGCCGGGCUUCAAGCGACGCAGCCUCGUCCAACAGCUGAUGGAGAUCGCCAAGAUAGGCUGCAUCUUCCCCAUGUACUGUAUCGCCUACCUCUUCGCUCCAGGCUCCUCCUACGGCCAAGCUAUGAAGAAGCCCUUCAUCAAGUUUAUCGUCCAUUCCUCCUGCUACUGCUUCUUCCUCUGCCAAGUGCGACACGGAGUGGAAGUUCGCGAGGUCCAGGUUAUGGAUGAGUUACUUCGAGGAGGGCGGGGACCUCCCACCGCCCUUCAACCUUCUCCCGAACUUCGGCGCCAUUCUCACCCGCAAUAAGAAGGAUCACAGAGCCUCCUUCAAGUACCGGCAGGACACCUUGAGAGAUUCUCAGUACCAGGGGGUGAUGAGGAACCUGGUGCGUCGGUACGUGACCAAGGAGCAGAGGAAAACGGACGAGCGCGUCAUCAACGAGGACGACAUCAACGAGGUGAAGCAUGACAUCAACUCCUUCAAGUACGAGGUGCUCAACAUUCUCAAGAUCAACAACUGGGAGACGGGCACAGCGCACCACAAGACUGAAGGAGCUCUGGGCAAGAAGCAGCAGACGAGGGAACGCAGACUCCUCAAGGGCUUCAACAUUGGUCUGGUGGAGGGUCUCGACAUCUCCAACAUGGCCGGAGUUCAAAAGUCUCUCAGCGUCCUGGAAAACUUACAUCUCAAGGGGAAGAAGAAGAGGGACUGGAACCAGAUGGUGCGCAAGAGCGUGAGAGACCGGGACCACAUCGGCUCCAGCAAGACCAGCAAUCAGCGGCAGAGUCUCAGGGCGUGUACCCGCAGCAACAGCCGCACCUGGAAAUCGGUCCAGUUCUACCAGAAGCGUGGAGUGUUUAUGGGAGGAGAGAUCAACCCCAUUAUGCUCAACGAGGCUUCCAAGUGCCGCAAGACUCAGCAUGCGCGGAAGUACGGUCGGGGAUGGCGCGCUCUCCAGAGCAUGCAAGUUGACGGCGACUUCACUCGGGACGGUCUCGAAUCCAGGAUUCGAAGUGCGUCUUCAAUCAGCGACGCCUCUCCCUCCUGCCCCUCCGUCAGUAUGCAGCCUCCCACGCCUCCCGCCCACUCCCGCAAGCAGCAUGAGGAACCAAAGAAAAAUGAAGAGACCCAGAAGGUCUCCAGUGAACGAAGGAAAUCAGUUCCCAUUGGCUCGCUGGACAAGUCUGCAAGCAAAUCUUCGGCGGUGACGUCAUCCGAGGCAACUGCAGCAGAAGGUUCCAAACCCUUUGAAGCCCCAAAACCAUCUGAAUCCCCUAAGCCAUCUGAAAGUCAUAAGCUUUCAGCUGCGCCAAAACCAUCUGAAUCCCCUAAGCCAUCUGAAGGUCAUAAGCCUUCAGCUGCGCCAAAACCAUCUGAAUCCCCUAGACCAACUGGUGUUCCGAAGCCAGGAGAAUCAGAUCGUUCUAAAUCCCCAAAGCCACAGGCGGCCAGACCCUCCCCUUCAUCUAAACCAGACAUGUCUGAAGCUUCCGGCGUGUCGUUGAUCACCAAACAAAAGAGAACAGGAUGGUUGUAGUGCCGCCACACACACACACAUAUAUAUAUACAUAUCGGGCCAACCCAUACCCUCCCCAAAUCACGCUUCCCACCCCAUGCAACUGCACUUUCCCUUCUACCCCACAUUGCAUCCAAUCCCAUCUGCUCCAUCCCACCUUUCAAUGGCUUCCUCCACCUCUCCGCUCUCAAACCCCGCCCAAUCCUCGCCCCUCAUCUGCACCUCACCUCCCAUAUGACCUCCCCUCACCUUACGAUCCUCCUCACCUCACGACCACCUCACCUCUUCACUGUCCACAAAACCCUUUCUCUUCCCCCACUUCCAUCAUCGGUCCACAAAACCCUUUCUCUUCCCCCACUUCCAUCAUCGGUCCCCACCUCCCACUUCCCGUCCUUCUAACCCAAAAUCCACACCUACCCCUGAUUCCCCACCCCCCUGCAAAUCCUCUGACUAAUACAACCUAUCUCCCACUCACACCCCCAUGCUCCAUUCUCCCCUCUUCCCCCACCUCUCAACCUCUAUCUGACUCUCAGCCUCACUCUACCUCUCAAACUCCCUAUGCCUUUCAGACCCAUUAUGCCCUCCUGACUCACCCCCCCCCCCCUUAGCUGCCCAAACCCCUUUCGCCCCUCAGAGAAAGGGUGAACUCUUAUACCAGAGUUUCCAAGAAGAAUCUCAAGGUUUGGUACGCCAAUGCUGAUGGGGUAUCCAAUAAAGCAGAAGAAAUAAAAUAGAGAGUGAGGCAGAUCCUGACAUAAUUGCAAUAGUGGAAACUAAAAUAAAUGACAUGAUCUCGGAAGCAAUGUUUCCAGGGGGGGGGGGGUACUAAGUGAUAAGAAAAGAAACAGAGACAAUGAGGGGGAAUGGCACUCCUAAUAAAACGGAAAUGAAAGUUUGAUGAUCUUAAAAAUCGGGGUACUAAUGAACACACAAGCUCCAUACAUGGAACUCUGACAGCAGAUGGGAAAAAAGAUUGUGAUCUUGAUAAACAGUAGAAGGGCCCAGGCAGGAGUAUGAUGACAACAACAAGGCAUGUAUAGAUGAACUACAGAGGACAGCAACAACAGCUCACAGAAUGAGAGCGAAGCUGCUGGUCAUGGGGGACCUAAAUCAUGGAGGGAUCAGUUUCCUGACACAGCAUGUGAAGGAAGACACAAGGGGAAGAGGAGGGAUACAGAGCCUAUAAUAAAAAGUAUCAAGCGCCUGCUAUCCAUAAUAGACCCAUUCACUGCCCUUUAUCAUUGUUUCCACAUGUUUGAAGAGGUAGAUAGGCAAUAUUCGUACUUGAUCAUGCAGAUCCGAUCAAUAUAAGUGUAUUGAUCCCUGUUGAGGCGUUGAAUGAAGGAUUAGAACCUGGCCAACGUCAGACGCAGCACUACAGAAGGUAGAGACACUGCCAGAGAGGUGAAGACAGGCUUCCAGGGGUAGAGAAAGGUUCCAUAGAGGUAAAAAAGGCUUCCAGGGAUGUAGAAAGAGGCUUCCAUGUAGAGAUAAGCUUCCAGGGAAGUAGAAAGAGGCUUCCAGUGAGGUAGAUAGGCUUCCAGGGAGGUAUAGAGGCUUCCAGGUAAGUAGAGGGAGGCUGCCAGAUAAAUAUAUAGUUAUUUUUACGCCCUUUUGUCUUGUGUACACUUUUGACAUAAUUGUCGCGUCUUAUCAUUUAUCUUUGUCAUUAGUCUUCAUUGUUGUAUUAUAAAUAAAUAAGAUGAAAUA